UAAAAUAAUUUAUUAAUCAAUAAAAGGUCAACUAAGAACAUUAAACGGUGUCGUUUAAUCGCCCCUCUGAACAAUUACGAAUCAUCUCCUGUAGUAUCUGUCUGCCCUAAUUUCGCAUGCACAUCUAUGUAGGAAAGAAAGAUAAGGCAUUAUCAUUUUGAAAACUUCACUGUACUUUAAUCCAGUUUUCACAUGGUUGCUCCUUCCUCAAUCCAUUCUAUCAAUACUUGAGAUUCUUUUCUGGGUUUUCACUUUGACGAGUUCGUAGUUAUUCUAGUGCUACCUCAAUGUACACCAACAUCUCCAAAGUCCAGGCAUUUCCUUUUGCCGCUAAAAUCUCUUCGCAACCCAAAUGCUUCGCUUCACCCAACGCCUUAAGGUCCCUAUCUUUACCGCUUGCUUAUAAUCAAAACCACAUCUUAAUGAUCCCCACUUCACAUAAAUUUGGAACCUCGGAAGCGGGGAAGUUAGCAAAUCCGUACGGCUUUAUGGUACAAAUUGCUAGAAGGUAUUAUAGGUCAAGAAGUGGCGAAAAACAACUUCCUUGGUUAGAAGUGGCUAAUGAGGUUCAGGGAGAAGGUAAGGUGGUGGAGAAAGCAAAGAUGACUAGGAUUAGUGCCUCUAUCCAGGAAGGGUCAGCAAAGAAGGUGAGUGGUAAGUCCUCUUGGGAACAAUCCAUUGAAAGGUUAGAUAAAAGUCAUAAAACAACAGUUCCAGAAAUUAAGCCGAUAUCAGCAACGGCUGCAACAGUUUCUAUGAAAGGCGGUGCAUCAGCAGCUGCUAGUAAGGAAAGGAAGAGUGGAUUGGUUGAGAAGGCUGGAGAGCACAGGAGUGAUUAUGGCAAAAGGUAUGUGAAGUAUGAUGAUAGUGACGAGGAAGAAGUUGAUGAUGAAAUGGGGGAGGAGAUUGAGGAUCCAAGGUGGGAUAACAUAAAGAAUAGGUUCAAGGGGACGGUGGGGGCAAAAGUUGGAACGGAGAGACCCGAGUUUCGAAGAUGGAAUAAGCAGGAGAACUGGGGUAGAAAGACAUGGAAAGAGGCCACUGAAUCCACUGUGCCUAAGAUUGUUGGUGAAGGGAUUUAUGGGGUUGGUCCUGUUUUGGCUGCAUUGUCAGCUGAUCGAAGGGAGUUCUAUGCAUUGUAUGUUCAAGAAGGAUUGGAUUUGAGUAGCAAUAAUAGGAAGAAGAAGGACAAGAAAGGCUUUGAAAGAGUUCUAAAGAUUGCUGAGAAGCUAGAUUUGAGUGUAAAAGAAGCAUCAAAACACGAUCUGAAUAUGGUGGUUGAUAACCGUCCUCAUCAAGGUUUGGUUUUAGAUGCUUCACCACUAGAGAUGGUGAAAAUAAAGGAACUGGACCCUGUUUCUGUUGAUGAGGGGAAGGGUUCCCUUUGGAUAGCUUUGGAUGAGGUUACCGAUCCACAGAAUUUAGGGGCAAUAAUUAGGUCUUCAUACUUUUUUGGAGCGACUGGGGUAGUUUUAUGUGCCAAGAAUUCAGCUCCAUUGAGUGGUGUUGUGAGCAAAGCAAGUGCAGGCUCUCUUGAGUUAAUGGAACUUAGAUAUUGCAAGAAUAUGAUGCAAUUCUUGGUGUCUUCAGCUGAAAAUGGUUGGCGGGUUCUUGGGGGCUCUGUCUCCACCAAAGCUAUUUCUUUGGAUGAGGUUGUACCAGGUCCGCCUACUAUUCUUGUUUUGGGCAGCGAGGGCACUGGUUUGAGACCAUUGGUGGAGAGAUCAUGCACUCAGUUAGUUAGGAUUCCUGGGAAUAUUCCUCUUGACCCAAAUACUAGUGAAUUGGAUGGUGAAAGUGAUGAUUUGAAUGCUCAGAGCUCUGGUAGAGAGUUUCUAUCAUUUUUGGCCGUGGAAAGCUUAAAUGUUAGUGUUGCAGCAGGUGUACUUGUUCACCAUUUAAUUGGGAAGAAGUUAGUGGAUUCAUUGCCAGAGGACAAUAAACAGAGUAAAGUUUCAGGCUCAACAACACCCACUGUUAGGCAACUGAGAUCUUUUCAAACUGAAAAUAUCAAGAACAGAAAUAGAGAAUAGGAAACAAAUAGUUUUUCUGUAUUAAAAUUAGUAGAUGACUGUGCUAAAGAGCAAUCCCUUUCUGAACCAAACACAACUUCUCAAGGACCAACUCAACAAAUGUCUGACUAACGUCUUCUAUAACUCUUUGUCUUGAAUAGACCUUUGGACUUGAAUUACAGACUGGGCAUCCUAACCCACACCUACAGUUUUUUACCUCUUCUUGUGGUUUGUGAGCUCAGUUCGUCCAGCAUUAGAGCCACAUGACAUCAAGAUCUUGUUUUGGCAUAUGUUAGGACUGUUGGAAAGGGGUAGUUAAUUAGCAUCUUUAGAUCAUUUGUAGGUAAAGGGAGUUACUGGAGGGAAAGGAAUUGUUUCAUAUUUGUUAUCAUUUGUAAAUAGACAAUAAUCUCUUUGGGAUAUGAGGAAUCGUUGUGAAAUGGAAACCUGAUCUCUCUCCUUUGUUCUGUUGUGUUGCCAUCAGUCAAGAAAUG